CGAACCUUGCUCUAUCAGAAGCUAUUACAAAUUGUGCUGGCUUUCUGUUUGUUUUAACCGAAACCGAACCGUCAAUAAACCCCUUAACGGACUCGGUUUAGAUUUUGAAGAAAGAGUCUAUAUCGAUUUUUGUUUUUGUUUUCCCCAAAUGGUUUCGGUUCACCGAACCGAACCGACACCUCUAAAUUUGUUAGCAACCCCAGCGCAGUCGAACGGAAACGAAACCGAACCAUGGAGAAACAAGGAGAAGCCAGCGCCGCCGGCGAAGAAGAAGUACCAGUAGACCGGAUCUCGGCGCUACUCGACGACAUCAUCCACCAGAUCCUCGCCCGCCUGAGAUCCACAAAGGAAGCCGCGAGAACCAUCGUCCUUUCCAAAAGAUGGGUCAACCUCUGGCGAUCCUACCCUGUCCUGGAAUUCGACGACAGGGGAUUCCUAUCGAAGCAAACCGCCGAGCGAUUGGCCAAAUCCGUCGCCGCAAAGUUCGGCAGUAACAACAGCACCCCGCCGCUCGGCAUCAGAUCCGUGAGGAUCGAUUUUGCCGAUUAUUUCGACGGCGCCGAUUGGGACGUGUUACCCUGCUCUGCUUUCCUCGACGAUCUGUUGAAAUCGGCCGCGGCCGCGACGAGAUCUCAAUCUCCGCGGGAGAUCGACAUUAGCUGCGGGUACAUGGAAGAUUUCGGCGAAUUCGACGGCCGCUUGACCUACGACAUCCCCAAGGGAUUGUUAUUGCUCCCCUGCCGCCAAUUCCCCCAAUUUCGCGGCGGCCUGGAAAUUCUGAAAUUGGAGUUCUGCAGCUUCAGGGAAUUCGUAGGCGUCGAUCUAGUCGGGGUGGGAAGCUCGCUCAGGGAGCUCACUCUGCGGUACGUCAGUUUACCCGACGACCGAAUUCUGAACGGAAUGAUCGCCGGAGCCUCGCGGUUAGAGAGCCUGACUCUGUCCGCGAUCGUGGAGAUUCGGAGGCUUCAGGUUCGGAAUCUCCCCAACCUGAGAGCCCUGAGGUGCUACGCUUGCGAUGUGGAGGAUUUGGAGAUAACAGGGGCGACCUCUCUGGAAAUCCUGUGUCUUUCCUCUCCGUUGGGAGGUGAAUUGGAGGUUUCUUCUAUGCCAAAUCUCAGAAAACUUGAAAUAGAUGCUUGGAAAUUGACGGACCAGAAAGUUAACAAGCUGAUUGCGGAGUCCCCAUCUCUGGAGACACUGAAGCUGACGAACCCAGCUCAAGUGCGCAAUCUGAAGAUUGUCAGCAGCGACAGGUUCCGGGAACUCACGUUGGUAGUCUGGAAGGAGUCGCGAGCCAUGGCGAUCGAGAUCGAUGCUCCGAGGCUGAGCAACUUCAGUUAUCACGGCGCGAUUGUUAGUUUUCUCCGUUCGAUCGAAUUAGGUAGCAAGAAGAAGAAGAAGAAGAAUAGUACUACUACUACCGCGGUGCCAUUCUACUGGUAUCUUUAUGGUCACAUGUUUCACAAUUUUAACAACCUGAGACAGCUUUAUCCUCGAAUCAGCGAGUUUCGGUUGACGCUCGACAUUUCUUUUCAGAGUUUAAGUGAGUGGCGUAGACAGGAAGUUACGGACGAAGUGUCUGUUGUUCCGCGGAUCGAACGUGUGAUAUUGCCUUGGGAUUUCUCGACCCUGCCCGACAUGGAUUCGUUUCUCGACGACCUGUUUCAGAAUUUCCAUCCGAAAUAUCUGAGUCUCACGCAGAAGUCGAAUCUGUACUCGAUUUCGGAAGAGACCUUGUUGUUGGCUCUAAAGUAUGUGUGCAAGACGUUCCACGAGACAGAUCUGACCAAUCGUUGUGGAGCUGAAUGUAAAUGUUGGCGACACCAACUGAAAGAUGUGAAGAUGGUAAAGAGAGCCGCCGGAGCAAACGGUGGUACUAGGGUAGAAGAUGAUGCUGAUAAUAAUGAAGUUGUCGAUAUUUCAACGGUUGUGAUUUCAACUCGUACGGAAAUAGCAGAGAUUUGGCUUCUGUUCGAGUUCUGAACGUACGUACGGUCAAUUGGGUGAAAUUUUUGAAUUAGAUCGUGCUACUUUGAAAUCGGACGGUGUUUUUCGUAGUAGUCCAAGGGUUGUGUUCUUGGAUUCUUGGAAUCAGUUAAACAUCCUCCAAGUUUAUAUCCUGAUGAAUUUAUCAAAGUUGGUAGUCUUUUCUCUUUCGCCUAAUAAAUCAUUUCAACAAUGUACCAAAAUAUAUACACUAAUCAAGGUUUGGAAAAUCUAUAAAUAAAUAAAAAAAUUCUAA